GUCCUAUUGUUAGCUUGAUGAACAGUGACCUGAUAAACUUCGCAGUGUUUAUCUGCGUUGUCAGUCGCAUGAUCUGAUCUUAAAGGGCGUACAUUAAUACGUACUUUCAGACAACAUAUGGAGCCGUGUUGUUUUGAUGCCUGAGUCAAAGUAAGCUUUAUUUCUGCAUUACAUUUAUCAAUGAAAACAACAGCCUGCUAACGAAUUAUACAGCUAACCUUACUUUCAUUUUGCAAAUUAUUAAAGGAGGCUGUGUUUUUACGGUAAACAUGCACUGUCAUUAACUUUUUUUCGUAGUUUCAUGAUACUGAUACCUUAGUUUAUGGUCAAACCGCUGGGAAACAUUUACUGAUUUAUUUCCGUAUUUGUUUCUCAGCACUGUAGGCUGAGUGGGUGUGUCUAAUCAAUCAUGUAUAAUGUCUUCCGGAGUUAUCAGGUGAUAUUCCAAGGAAAGUCUCUCAGGGCACAGAAAAUCAAGAAAUAACAACAGCUGGAUUUGUCUUCAGUGUGUGGUUGUGUCCUCUCUUUGCAGACAUGGCUGUGUUUGAGAACUGCUCUGUGGUUUUGGACCUGAAGAAUGUGCCUUUCAAGAAGCAGAAGAAGCUGAAGUCUGCAGUGACAGAAAAUGGGGGCAAGAUUGUCUUUGUGAUCAAUGAUAAGGUCAGGAUGUGGUUAAAUCCUACUGUUGAGGUUGUGACUGAGAAUCAAGUUGUCUGCCGAACUGACAGUGAGAACAACAGUGAGACACUUGGCUUGAUUCUGCAAGGAUCACACUGUUAUUACUGUUCACUGUCACCUAAAAAGAGUAGAUUCUGACAGGCUCAUACAUUAGGGAACUGGAACGCAAUACUUUGAAACAGACAGCAUUCACCCUUGAACACUAUCGCUAAAAUUUGUAACACCAUCGCUGUCGCCGGGUGAUUUUACCCAAAAUAAUAUACCCAAGAAAAAGUACUUGUCAUCAAAUUAUAUCAAAAUAGGACAUUACAUGACAAAAUUAAAGUAGUUUUCUUUUAGUUUUAAUUGUGCAAUGUCCAAAGGGAGAAAAAUAGUGCCAUAAAAAAUCGACCAUAUAAAAAUGCAACAAAAUAACUGAAAUUAGGCAUCCAUGAACAAAAAAUUCAUAUGUAUAUAUUUAAAAAUGUAAAAUUAGUUUCUUUUCCACCCAUUCCCUGGGCAUGUGAGUUUUCCCUGGUGAAGACUCAGGGUCCUUGGCACAAUAAAAGCUGCAGCAGAGAGAACAAAAAAAACAUAUUGAGUGUGUAAAAAAUGACCAGCUGACUAAAAUAUUUCUUAUCACCAUAUUCCCUUGAAAAUCACUACUUUGUGAUAGAUAUUCAUAACCACAGCGCUAAAUGCAGAUAGCAUGCAAAUUCCAGGACCACUCUUACUGACCUAAUUCGCCUACAUGCAUCUAUCAAAUCCACCCAAACCUACUUACCCUUUAUCUCUAUUGCCGGGUAAAAAAGAGUAGAAAAAAUGCUGAUGCUACCCAGGGACCCAUGAUACUCAGACAAACGCAACGUAGCGAAAAUCACGUAAACAUGUUUGGUCGGGUGAAAAUCGCCCGGUGAUAGCGUUCUAUGGUUAAAUGAUGCAUUACUUUGAUUUUUUAUUAAGUGAAACUAAUUAAUUUGAUGUAAAAUGUAAACCUCUUAAGCAAGCAAGCUUUAGUUAUACAGCACAUUCAAUUCAACGCGCUGCACUGGGUUUGACAACGAAAAAGCCAAUAAAAACAUAGAAAAUGGGACUUAAAAUGUGAAGAAACAGAAGAGGACAUGCAUAAAAAACAUGAACAUAUAGAGAAAGUUAAAAUAGUACUAAAAGGUAAGGAGGAUUAAAUAUAAAUUAAAGACAGAAAGCCAAAGGAUCUGAGAGAACAUCCUAGUUCAUUUCCCAAAAGCACAUCUUAGAUAUAGUCUGCUGUGAGGCCACACAGUACCAUAUAGAUCAAUAAAAGAACUUUAAAAUCAAUAUGAAAACUAACAAGCAGCCAGUGUACAGGUUCUGAAAUGUGUGCUUUCCUCCCGGUCUUUGAGAGCACCAGUGCUGCAGCAUGGGGAAUUAACUGCAGCUGGUUUUAUUGUUUUCUUUAAUAGACCAGGAAACAGAGCGUUACAGAAGUCUAGAGUAAGUCUGUGUUGCUCAGAGAGAGAAACAACCUCGUUUUAGUAACGCUCUAUAGCCAAUUAAAAGCUGUUUUUUGGUACAGACAUCACAUGCAGUUAAAAUUCACAAAAACAUCAACAUGAAUGUUUAAAACUAUAUGCAUACACAGAUGCUUUGACGGAUAUGUAGUCAUGUAAAUUUGCUUCAAAAACAUGUAAAAGUCAGAAAUAUAUUGGCAAAAUGUGCACAAACUCAGCACUACAUAUGUUUUUAUAUGCAUCAGCAAAAAUCUCCGCUAUCUUAAUUUUAUGUUCUCUACCUACAUUUCCCACAGUGCUCUUUGGUAGUCACCAAUGAUGUGUCCAGCCUGAGCACCAACCGACGACAUAGCAUCCAAAAAUGCCAAACACCGAUCGUCGGGGUGGAUUACAUCUUCAAGUGUGUGGAGAAAGGUGUUCUUCUUCCUGUGGAUGAAUACAAGCUGGACUCCUCUCCGUCCUCUGCCUCCUCACCUCCAGUCCUUCCCUCCUCACCUAAGAAAAUCCCUCUCAUACAAGGUAUUCAUUUAAAAGGCUGGGUGGAAGAAGAAGUUGUUGCACAUGCUGUUGUGGUUUCUCCUUUUUUAUUUGGUUCUGUAUUAGCAUGACUCCUAAUAGGAGAAAGGAAGUGUCUGCAUGAGUUUAAUCAUAACUGAUGGUGACUGAGAAAGUGCUUCAGUAUCCAGGAGGCCCCUUUCUUUGACGCCUUUGAAAACCCCUAAACACACAUUUUAAUAUCGAUGCAGAAACCUUUUAAGAUGAGCUUGAAAUUAGUAUUAAAAGACAAGGAAGUUACAGGUACUCUGUGUGUGCUGUCUCAGCCCCGAACAGAUGACACUCAUUGUAAAUUAAAUCACUGUUCCCACACAGUGACUCAUGGUCUCUGUAAGACGUUUGUGUGUGCACAAAACUUAGAUACAAGUUAUUUUUCUUGUGGCUUUUAGUCCUGUAGUUCUGUCCUCCCUUGAUAGAUCCAAGAUUGAAAAAUCGACACUCUGCGCCAUGGUCAGCAGGUUGAACCACAUAGUCUUCUCAGCGUGGGUAUGGGUGUGUUUGUUCACUGGGUGUGUUUGACUUUACUUUGUUUCAUUUUCUGGUUUUCUAAAGUUCUCACUCAGCCAUGCGUCAGCUCUGUGUAUUAACAGCUUUAAGUGUCCGUACAGGAAUCCAUAUGUCACUCUGCUAUCACAGCUCAUGUCAGCUCAGACUCAUACAUACACCUUUGUGUGAAGCAUUCAUUGCAUUACAUGUGGCUUAAAGUUGGGUGGGUCAAUAAUGUCUUUAUGUGUCUUGCCCUCUGCAGAGUCUAAAGUCCCAAUUAGCAAAGAGGUUGCUGAGCCAUGCAAAAACCCUGCAAAGCCUGUGGUACCUGUCAGAGUGAGUGAGAAGAAAGAGGCUCCAGAAGAGGGCGGAAGAGGCCCGGGAAAGUUCAGGUGAAUAACAAUCAUCCUCAUGUUAGGCUGGAGAAGCACAGGAGUGUAGUAAAAGCAGAGAUCAGACGGUAUGAAUGAAAUUACUUUACAAAGAACCACAUGACUGUAUAAGUAUGCUACAAUCAAACCAGUAAUAAUGUUCGACUUGAGUUUAGGUGUAUUAGGUGUUUGAAGUGUUGAAGUGCUGGUAAACUGAACAUAAUGGUAAGAGUGCUACUGUAAAUUGCAUAUAGUCUGCAUAUACCAUUGCUUAGGGAUAGCAUAUAUACUGCACAUGUAUUUGUAUAUUUAUUAUUGCACUAGAGUUGAAUAAGCACAGAUAAAUGUUUUUUUUUUCUACGGCCACACCUAGUGACUCUCGAAGGUUUCAAAUGAUAGAAAUAUGAUUAAAUUAAUUAUCUAAUGGAAUUACUGAUUGGUAAUUUGAAUUUAUGAAGGAUAGCUUCUUGAGAUGUAGCAUCUCAUUUUCGAGGGGGUCCCUAAACAAACAUACAUUGAACUCAGGACACGUUACAAUACAUUAAUUAACAAUACAUUAAUAUAUAAACAUGCAUAACAUGUAACAAACACAGACAUCUUGCUCACCCUACUCCCACACACAACCCCAACCAACAUACGCCUAACAUACACAAUACUUCAAACUUGUUAACAAGGAUAAAUUAUGUGAACAUAAAUGUAAAAAAAGUAAAGAAAAUAAGUAAGAAACAAGCAAUUUUUGUAAUGAGUCAGAUGAUUCAGCUUCCUUUUAGACUGUCAAGGUCAAGGUUGGUUAUUACUUUGAUUCAAAGUCAGGCAAGAUUUAUUUUCAGACUCAGGAAAAAUAAUCAACAUGACGACCUGAAACAGCCGAACAAGUGAGGACUUUGAUCCAAAGCUUUGUUCCUGGUUUGGCUAUUCAUGUUGUGACCUGGAGAAAACCAUUGCUGCUGUAAAAUUUAACAAGACAGAGUAAAAAAUAAUAGAAACUUACAAGUUCUUGCCAACUGUUGAAUUUCACAGACAUUACACUGAAACUGACCCUGAUCUUCCAACAUUUCCGGAUAACUUUCAAGUGGCCAAGUAUUCAAUCUUUGAAAAGGUAAAGUUGCCGUUAAUAUGAAGUUUUUUAAAACCUAAUUCUUGGUUUUAUUUCAAUCACUGAUUUUAAAGGUUUGCAUUUUGUCUCUAGGUGAACAGUAACACAUGGUCGGUGCUGGAGCUGCAAAGUGCCAAAGGAAAGGAAGGACGGCAGUACCGUGUGGUCCGAUACUGUAAGGAAGAUAUAACAUCAAAGGUAUAACAUCUUUGGUAAAUAAGUGCAUGUGAAAGGUCAUAGAUGACCUGAUUGUAUGUGUUAAGCAAAUGUUGAUUUUACAUUUCUAAUAGCACUUUACCUUGUUAGAGUUCUUUUUCUCACAUAUUUAGUGUAACUUAAUGUCAGUUUUUUUAGGUUUUUGCUUUUUCCUUUCACAUUUUCUUUUAGCUUUAGCGUUUUAGUUCCUGUUCUCUUGAUGAAUCAGAAAUUUUUAGCCCUGGUAGUUGAAGUCAGUCAAAGCUGGUCCUCCUUGAACCACAGAGCAUUUUAAAACAAAGAAACUAACCUGUGUUUUUGCUAACAGGCGGCUGCGGUGAGGGACGUGAUGGUGUUUCCGUCCACUUCAGCGGAGGCUCUGGAGGUCUACAAGGAACUGAGGAAGAACCCCAGCAAGUCUGGCAUCAGGUUGAGGGACAGCUUCCCUACACACGUCCAGGCUCUGGGCUCUGAUCCCCUCCAGCAGGUCUAUGUUUUACUCAUUUCUAGUCCAACCUAACAAAGAUGUUUACUCGAACUGACUUCUGCUGAAUCUGUUGAGCGUAUAAGUUCAUUUUGUGUACCUUUGUUUGACUGACAGCUGCUGCUGGAGGAGAAGCUGAACACUGGGAGCUUAUCUAAAGAAGUGGGUGUAUUUGUGGAGCUGCUGUGGACCGAGGCCCUCGGCUGUCUUGACAACAUCCUCAGAGUUCCCAUCAACAAGCUCAGCCUCAAUGAUGUGAGGUUUUCUCCAUGGAUUACUCUGCCACAUCUGUAUCUAAAGAAAGAAACUUCAGCUGUGCCAUCAGCCUCUUGUUGAUAUGAUGUCCAAUCAUGUCUCAGAUGUUUGCUUUUGCCCCAUGCUCUGUGUUUGUGUAGGUGAGCAGAGUUCAAGGUUUCUUGCUUCAGACUCAGAAGAAGCUCAAAGAGGGAAACUAUGCUGAUGUGGCAUCUCUAAUGGAAGAAGUUUACACCUUGCUGCCACAUAAAGCACCGCCCGAACCCCUCACUGCAAAGCUCAUCUCUCAGAAACUGGACCUCUGCCAGGUGACAUUUACAAGACACAAAAAUCUGUGUCUUAAAUCUACACUGAACAGUAAAUUCAAGCAGGUUUCGUGGUGAAAGUUUGAUGUGAUGCUUCUUUUGUCACAGUUUGAUGUAUGGUCUUCUUUUUUCCCCCCAAGUUAAUUCGAGACAUGCUGAAUGUGAGUGAGAUGACUCUGAGGAGCCCUGUGCCAUCCUGUGUGGGGAAAUACCGCGCUCUGCGGUGCAGCAUUGAGGCCAUUCCCCCCGGCAGCUCAGAGUUUCAGGCUGUGGUCGCUCCUCUUCAGCUCAGGUAGGGUACUUCCUCAAGGUCUGGUUUGAUGUACAUCUGCUGUCAUCUGGCUUCUCUUUGAAUACGUCAAAUGUCUCAAAUCUACCAAAAAAAUAAAAGAGAGAAAAUAAGACUGCAGGCUCCUUUUAAAGCCACGCAAGAUUUAGCCGAAAGGGAUGUGACUUUGGUUCAACUCGUGACAUCACUAGUUGGUGAAUCUCCUAAAGGAGCGUAAUGAACAGAAACACUGCGCUCUGGUCCUCUGGAAACGUCACAGGUCGGAUUCAGGGUUCAAAACAUGCAACUAAUUUUUAUCAUUGGUCAGUUUAAAAAGUUAAACACCAGUUAACUUUGUACUUUGUAGUAUGAAAGAAGAAGAAAAUGGACUUGUGAGGGGAAAGCCUUAAAUAGACAGGAGCUGAAAUGAUGUUUUCCAAAGACACAAGCUUGAGAUAAAUAAAGUGGGUUUUUUUUAAAGCUUUAAGCCUGAAAAUGAGCAAAACACCCCCUGUUUGAGGACAACAAGACAAUAUAACAUGUUACACAGCAUCAUGUCCAACAGGCAUGGAGAAAUAAUUGGAAAUAAGCAUCUCACAUGCAGAGCCAAAUGCUGAGGGUUGAUUUUAAAAACAGACAAUGUGGAGGACAGAGCAGUGGAUGUUAUCUAACCAAACAUUUAUGUAAUUUCAGACUUUUAUAAGAUUUAAUUACUGCAGCAAAUGUCUGACCUCAUUUCCCAUGUCCCCAUCUGUGCUGUUGUAGGGACAUGCAGGUUCAACAGGUUCUGCGCGUGAACAGAGGGGCGGAGCUUCAGACGUUUAAGAGCGAGAUCGGAAACAUUAAGUCCCUCCUCCAUUCCACCAGCCCAAGCAACUUUGUAGGAGUCCUUUCUCGGUGAGAUUACACACACAUUGACGUACGCACAUGCACCCACAAACAAAAUGCAGGGCUACAUCUUCAACUGAACGGAGUCUGGCCCCAGGCUGUAAUUCUAUCCCUCUCUGUUUCUCCUUAGUGGUCUGCUGCUGCCUCACGCUGUAGUGGAGCAUCAUGGGAUUGAGCUCACGGACGCUGGUAAUCUGGGGAGUGGAAUCUACUUCGGUGAUUCCAUGAGGUCAGUCAAAAAUCUCAAUACAAUCUUCUCCUUUAGCCUGAAAACCUCAAAAACAAAGUAUACCAAAAACAGCCCAAAGACACAAAUGAUGUUAUUGCACCAUAACAGCACGGACACUCUGUUUUGUCCAUCUACAGAACCAGUUUGAAAUACUCCAAGCCUAGCAUGACCGAAGGCUCCCGGCUGCUGCUGGUGUGCGACGUGGCUUUGGGAAAGUGCAAAGACCUCUACAAACGAGACCUCACGCUGACUGAAGCCCCAGAAGGGUACAACAGCGUGCGUGGUGUCUGCCGCUCUCGUGGCAAUCGCUCUGACUUUAUGGUAUGAAAAGAGUUUUUCCAUCAAAUUUAGACAAAAAGAAAAACCCACAGGAAGACACGCCUUUAGAUAGAUAGAUUAGAUUAUAGAUUUUAUUUCGGUCAUAAUACAAAAUAAACAGAAAAGAACAAGGCAGGUAAGACAUAUAUAUGUACAUAUAUAUAUAUAUAUAUAUAUACAAUUUACAUCGUUGUUUGACCGAAAAAGUUUAGAGCUGAAGCCGAAGCUUAUUUUGCCCACCUUUACCACACCACUGUAUGACUAUGGAAAGAACAGGAUACAUAAGUCAAACCAAAGACAACAAUCCAGAUAGAGCAUAACAAAGGGAGUCACUUUUUUUUAUCUCUCUCGUUUCCCUUCUUCUUUUCCCUUUUCCCUUUCCUCUCCCCUUAAGUUUCUUUCAGUCUCUCUCUUACUGUUCCUUUUAUAUCUUUUUUUUUCCCCCCUUCCCUUUUAUUUUUACCCUUUUUCUUUUUCCUUUUCACCUCCUCAUCUCCUUUUUCUUUAUUCUUCUCCUCCUUUAUGAGGCGGCUAAGAAUAGUACUAAGAAUAAAUAAUAAACAUAAAAAGAUUACAAAAAAUUAAAACAAACAAAAAUAAUAAAUAAAUUAAUAAAUAAAUAAAUUCAUUAAUUAAUUAAUAAAAAAUAAAACAUAAAGAAAUAAAUAAAAAUUUUAAAAAAGACCAAACAAAAAAGAAAAAAAAAAGUUUAGUUUAGUUGUGAGUUUUGUACGGUUUGUGUUGUAGGGCCUUUAAACUGAGACACUGUCUAUUAAGAUAUUAAAAACUAGAAUAGCUGUAGCUAUCUGCACAGCUGAAAUGUAAGUAGAUUUCAGUUUAAUCAAAACCCAGAGCGAGGAUGGAAAAAUACAAGGAACAUUGACUUUUCAGAUGAGUUUUGUAAGAGGCAUGGAAACUGUCCACAAACUAAGCAGCUCUGAUAGGUUGUGUAAGACGAUCAUUCAGGUAGGUGACUGAAUCAGCAAGGCGUGGUCACCUUUUGUACCUGAAAUUUGAGCUUAGAGUCAAAAGAGAACCAAAAUUUGAUUCAUGGACUUGACUGGAAGGAAGAUUUUAUCCCCUAAUUGAAUCCCUUGAAAACUGUCACAUAUUUUAUACAUGGGGAUUCGCUCCUAAUGUCUGUGCGUCUUUGUCUGUGUUGUAGGAUGAUGAGUAUGUGGUAUACAGCCCUGAUCAGGUCAAACUCAAGUAUGUGGUUAAGUUCAGCUUGAAGGACGACAAGCUGAAGGAGUUCAGUCCUGACGUCAACAUCUCAGCAGAACCGUGUCCACCCUCCACCAAACAAGGUGGGCGCCCGACACCUGCGAAAUAGUGCAGCUCUUAAUGUGUGCAAACAGGCACUGAGUGGAUGUGUUGUUUGUGUUUAGAGCUCAGUGCAGGGGAGGACGGGAUUGAGACCGGGAUUGAAAACCCAUUGAAGAAGGUGACAGCUGGGCUUUUGGACAGCUCUGGUCAGCAGCUCCCUCUGCAGGCCGUCCAUGUGAAGUGCAAGCUGAUGGAUUUGCUCUCUCAGGUGAUAAAGGGGCAACACAUUUGUUUCUAACUCCACUAUUUCUAAGUGAUCAUAAUCGCUAAGUUCACGUAAAAUCUUUCCUCCCUCUGUCGUGUUUCAGGUCGUCAUUUUCCAGAAAUACACCAAUCAAAGCUCAGUGCCUAUCGAGGCAAAGUACGUGUUCCCUUUGGAUGACUCUGCAGCAGUGUGUGGAUUCGAGGCUUUCAUCAAUGGAAAGCAUAUCAUUGGACAGGUAACUCGACUUUUCUCACCACAGAUUUCUUUGUUUAUAUUCUUUAUUUACUGUAUCCCUGUAUCUCAUUUCUUUGUUGGUUUAUUUUGGAUUUUUUAUGGAUUCUUUGUGAAACUAAUGAAAUCGUGUUUUGUGUCUUUGGAUCCCAGGUGAAGGAGAAGGAGAAGGCUCGCAAGGAGUACAAGGAGGCCAUUAAGAAAGGCCAUGGAGCGUACCUCAUGGACCAGGACGCCCCGGUACGUCUGCCAUCUAAUCUAAAAAAAAAAACUUGAUUUAAACUCUAUCCAUCCACUUUAAUCCAAAUUAAUCCAUAACUAUUUUUCAACAGUAUAAUCAUCUCAAUCCAAGCCAUAGAUAAAUAGAUGUAAAUUACACUUGCCAAACCAGUUUGCAGACAAUUACUCCUUUUUCUGUGACUGGAAGUAUUUUCAUUUCUUUGUUUCAUUGCAGGAUGUGUUCACCAUCAGUGUGGGCAAUCUGCCGCCUGGAGCGACCGUCCUCAUCAAAGUUACCUUUGUGUCAGAGCUGACCGUCCAGUACAACAGUAUCGGCUUCCGUCUGCCUGGGAGUGUGGCUCCAUGGCAGGAGAGUGCAGCACUCAACCAAACCACACAAGUAAGAAGAACUUGCACCAGGGUCUAAUAAAAAGCUGCACUUUUCAAUUUAGAGGUCUGGUAAUGGUGCAAAAAGUGUGGAGGGAGCAGAGCAACAGCAAAACAAUCAGAGAGGAAACACAGUCGUCCUGUGUUUUGUUGUUUAAUCAAGAUAAAUGCACAAGAUCAACAAAAAUGUUGCGGUUGCAUGUAGUGUUUGGACUUACCUUAAAAUGAAAUGAAAGAUAUUGCGCCCUACAGUAUGUGAGCGCUACAUCGUUGCAGGGAAAAGAAAUUUACACAACCUUAUUGACAUGUGUUUGUCGUCUCUCAACAGGUCACUGUGGAGAAGGUCUGUGUGACCGAUGAGGACGCAAGUACAAGGUGAGUAAACUGCUCUAAAUCCUGACUCAGGCAGUUUUAGUUUAACACAUUUUCAUUCGUUGGAUUUGGAUUUCUUUAUUGCUGUCUCGUGGUUUGGGAUUCUUUAGAUAUACAUCUGAAAAUUUUGAUGUAGGAAAAAUAACAGAAUUGGAAGCAAACUCAUGUUGCCUUAUUAUUUGUAUCAUAUUGCAUUGAUAUAACGCAGUAAGAAGCUGUUUUGAAUGUGUUCUCAGAGAGUUCACCCUGGAGAUGUCAAUAGAAAUGCCGUAUGAGAUCUCUCACCUGGCAUGCCUCACUCACAAAGUCCAGACCAAGGUAAGUUUAGUGUUUUACAGCUUACUCCACAUGUAUUGAAGAGUGUUAAGGUGUGCUCUUGUUGUCCUCUUUCUGUAUGUUUAAAUGUAGCUUUCUCUGAAUAGAGUUAAGACUUGCGGAAGUUUUGAGGUUUUUUUUUGCACAGCGCUGGAAAUGGUCCACAGGAAGAGUUACCAGAAUGUUAAGUUAUUAUUUGAUAAUAACACAGCUGUUCAUGUUUCUUUGUGUGUGUUUGAUCCCACAGAAAACAGACUGUAAAGCGGUUGUGAGAGUGCUGCCAGGAGAGAUCGUGGGCUCAGGAGGUUUCACCAUGUUAAUCAGUCUGUCUAAGACCCACCUGCCCAGGAUGUGGGUGGAGAAUCACCCCGACAAAGACAGUCAGGUCUGUUUGACUUUUUUCUCUCUCCUCUCUCUCUCUUUCUCUGUCUCUUCUUUUUUUCUCUGAUCUAUCUCUUCUCUUUCUCUCUCUUUCAGGCCUGCAUGCUGGUAUUUUAUCCAGAGUUUAAAGCUGAUUCAAGUUCAGUGGAUGAGGUCGUCCUGUUGAUCGACACAUCUGAGUCCAUGAAGGGAGAGUCACUCCACAUGGCUCAGAAAAUCGCCCUACAGUUCAUCAAACAGCUUCACUCAAAUCUCAGACUCAAUGUCAUUUUAUUUGGCACAGGUAGGUUUGGGAAUUAAUCUAAGUGAAACACAAUAAAGAUGAGGUGUUGAGUAUAAAAUCAAACCGUCAGUCCUGCAGUUUAUGCGAUUAUCUUAAAUUCUUGGGUGUAAGAGUUUUGGCUCUUCCUCAAACCCACUGAAGAGGCUAACUAUCUCAUACAACAUGCAAGAUUGAAAUUAUUGCCACCAGUGCAACAGCACCACAUUUAGAGAUGUUUCAAUAGGUCAAUAGAUCACCUCCUUUAUGUUUUCAAUCUGUCUUUCAGAUCACAGGGAGGCUUUCCUGACUGCACGGCCAUUUCGUGAAGCUUUUCAAGAAGCCAAAAGCUUCAUUAAGGUGCGUUUCCUUGCUGCCAAAAGAGGAUUUUCAGAAUGGUCUACUACUUUGUCCAGAACUAUCACUGUAUCUCUCCUUCAUUCAUCCCCCUGGCUCUUUGGUUGUGAGUGACAGCUGGCCUCACUCGUUAGAAGUCCACUUGAUAACUAGAUAAGUGGCACUACAAGUAUGCAUCUAAUUACAAAUCCAUGAAUAUAAUACGCUUCCUCUUUUUUCAGAUGUAUUUCAAAAAACAAAAGUAUCUUGUAUUUGGAUUAACAGGGUACACAGCUUGGUUCCUCUUAAGUCAUUUUGCAUGGGCGAGGAUGUUAUCUGUCCGUUAGUGUUUGCUUAUAUAAAGUGCCGGAAACCAGAGAGAUAAACUCACAUUCAAGAGGAUUGUCUUAAAAUACAGAGAAGUAUGAGACUUCAGGUGAUAUCCUAAUGUCAAUAAUCCUAAAUCAAGAGCCUCACAACUGCAGUUAGAGGUUGUUUUGGAGUCAACAUACCUGUUUUGCACCAUCUUGUCAAUGCAAAACAUGUUUAUCUAUUAUAAUCGAUCAUGCUGUACCUUUUAUUGUUAUUAACUGAUGAAAUGAUUUCAAGUAUAGAUGUCAAUCCUUCAUCAACUUGUAGAUUUCAUAAUCAUAGAAAAAAAACUAAGAAACAGGGAUUACAGGUAUCAUUUUAGCCGAUUUAACUUGAAGUUACUCAUGAUCAAAGAUUUGUUUUUACACAACAUCAGGUCAGUGCGAAGUUUAAAAAUACUGAUGUGUGCACGUCAUAUUAUUUCAUAUCAGUGUCAUAAAUCCCAAAUAUCCUGAACUGAAAGUGCAAUUCAGUGACUGCUCAGUGUUCCCCUGCUAACCAUUUAAACCGAGUGAGCUUAACUCAGGAUGUGUGUUCCUCUGUUCCCCCUGCAGUCUUUUACUCCAGUAGGGGGCAGCACUGAGCUGUGGCGACCCCUGCGAGCUCUUAGCCUGCUGCCGCCCUCUAGUGGCGUGAGGAACCUGCUGCUUCUGUCUGACGGUCACAUCCAGAACACGGAGCUCACUUUGAAGCUGCUCCGAGAGAACGCUCAGCACACCCGCCUCUUCACCUGUGGACUCAGGUUCGAACAUAUCCAGGGGGGUGCAGAUACAAACUCUUUGAGCUCAUAUAAGAACAAAAUAACAUUUUAUUAACAGAAUUAUUUGCAGUACAUGGUUAUCUUUCUUGUGAUUACAAGAAAAAAAUUGACUAAUGAAGUUAUUUUUUUCUUCCAUUUCAGCCCAACAGCCAAUCGCUACAUGCUAAGAGCCCUGGCCCAGGCAGGGGGCGGAGCCUAUGAGUUCUUUGACACAAAAGCAAAACACAACUGGUCAAAGCAGGUGAAAUGACUUCCAUUUUUCUCAUUUAGUCAUGCAAAAUUCAGUCAUUAUCAGUGCCUAAAAUAUUUGUUUAAACAGAAAGAAAACCAGUACCGCAAUCGCCUGUCUGUUAGCAAUUCUUGUAAGAAACAAAUACUGAAAUUUAAAAGAUCUUUCACUGAGAAGAAAAACAAAAAAGUAAGGCUGAGAGGAAAUUUUGUAGUUUUUUUUUUGUUUGUUUAAAAUGUGAUUGUUUUUAUUGUAUGACAACAGCUCAUGUAGUACCACUUUUCCACCUCUGGUAACAGAUAAGAGAUUAUUCACAGUUAAUGUUUCGGCAAUAAUGCAUCACAUGUUUCCAGCGAGGAUCAGAGUUCCCGUGUUAUUGCACCUUUUCCUGAAGUGCGUUGAAAGUUAUUUUAUUGAGAGCUGAUGCUCGAUAAUGUGUCUUUUGUUUGUUCCUAUUAUGAUGGCUCAUGAUGAAAGUGUUGUAACUCUAGAGACGUGCAGAUAUUCAUUUAUGGCUAUUUUUCACAAACAGCUUUCCCCAGGGAUACAAAACAAGAAGAUCUGGCAAAAAUCAAGACUUUUGUAAUCUACUUUCUUGUAAAUUUAUUCUCUUAUUUGUCUCCUUUUUGUAGGUGAUCAGUCAGACCAAUUGUAUGCAGUCUCCUGGCUGUAGUUCAGUGUCAGUGAAGUGGCAGCAGUUCAAUCCCAAAGCGCCUCCUCCUUUGCAAGCCCCAAAGCAGCUCAAUGCUCUGUUCAACAACUGUCACACGCUGGUGUUUGGCUUUGUGCCACACUGCACUCAGGUAUGCAAUUUAAACUCAAGUUUAAGAAAUGACGCAGACAGUUUGCGCCUCUUUGAUUUUUUUUUACAUUUCUCUGAGUUACUCUAGAUAUCAGUCCAGGCUGCAACUAUUCCUCUUUGACAGCUUAUCCUGUCUUUGAUGUUCUACAUUUCAUUAUUAUGACAUAAGGAUUCAGUGGAAAUAUCUGAUCCAUAGCUUCUUUUCUCUUUAUACAGUAGUUGGUAACAAACAGCCAGUGAAACAUCACAGUUCUUUAAACACACAGAAGGUGAACACAUGUCUUUUUCAUUCAGGCCACACUGCUUGGAAACCUGAGCGGUCAGGGGCUUAAAACCAUGGUGUCAACCACGGAGCUGCAGAAGACUAAGGGCACAGUAAGAACACACACAUGCACACUCACCGGUCUCAAUGAUACCUACUAAAAACGUUUCAUAUCAGCCAAUGCAGCGCCUCUGAAAUCUGUUAUCUUAUUUAUCAGCUUUAUUUUUUAAAAUCCUUUUAGCAUUUUGUAAUCAGAGUUUGAUUGCUCUAAUUACAUCAAAUUAAACUCUUCAUUGGAGACACUCUUCAUCCUGCUGUUCUCCUGCCUUAUUUUUGUUGCAUAGAGUGCCCUCCUCUGAAUGUUCAAAUCAAAUUUCUGGUUUAUUUUGGUGUCCUAAUUAACUGACGACAAUACGCAAAAUUAUAGUAUAGUUAUACACAGAUAGACACUACAUAACAGGUCAUUAGUGAGCAUCACUGUUGGAGUAUGAAGGCAACAUAAGGACUCUUCUUCAUGUGUGUUCAGUUUCUUCACAAGCUCACAGCGAGAGCCAUCAUCAGGGAUUAUGAAGACGGAUGUCUGGACAGCAACGAAACGGAUCAUGAGGUGUGUAUGUGUGUGUGUCACUGAAUGAGACCAAAGAACCUCAGUGAAGACGCCCCAUCUGAACUCCACAAAUUAGCCCGGUUUUGUUUCUUUUCCAGGGCAAGAAAGCAGAGCUGAAAGAGUACGUGGUUGAACUGAGUAAAGAGUUCUCCAUCCUGUCUCAGUUCACCAGCUUUGUGGCCAUCGAGGAAAGGGUUUGUGCAACUUCUUAGUCUUCUCCAAGUUGUUGUUUGUCCCUUGCUACCCUGGGCCUAGUUGUUGGAAAUAUUUGAUCUGGAUGGGAUUAAAGUUGAUCUGGCAUCCACUCUUUCUUACUGGAUAUCAGCUAAUCCAGCUCACUUUUGUCAAGAGUUUUCUGAGAACUGGAAUGGAUCGACUGAAUCUAAAUACAAAUUCAUGAAGACUACAAAACCCAGAUUAUCAGUGCUCUAAGUGGGAUAACAUGCCAGACACCCUGUCUUAAACCACGUAAAAUCAGAGAUCCUGACAGAUGUUUUAAUCAGAUAUUUGAUAUUUUGGGACAACUUCCUGAAUAUCUACUUUAUCUAUGUUGUCCCUGUGGAAAUGUAGGGAUAAAAAAGCCUAAAUCAACCUUCUGCUGGGAACAAGAUACUAAUAUUUUUUUGUGAAUCAAUUAUCAUAAAUUGAGAAUUGAACACAAACUACAGAUUUUACUACAUGCUUUGGGUUCUUUCUGACAACCCAUUUCCAAGGAUUGGUCCAGUCUUUAGAGGUUUAUUGCUAUCAGAUUUUUCUCUUUGUGAUUGUUGAGAUUCAAAUAAAAGGUAUCGUUCUUGUUUUAGGACUCAGACAUAACAGAGGAAGGCUUCACGGACAUCCCCAAGCUGCUUGCAGAGGAAGAUGUUGACUUUCUCCCUUACAUUGGCUGGGAGUCUUACGGGGUCACCGAAAAGAAGAAAGCUGCAAAACUACACAGAGAUGAUGGUUCUUAUGAUUCUGAAAGUGAUGAUGUCAGUGUAGUUACAGAAAAAGAAGACAAUUCGCUCAUUGUUUUUUAAAUACUCAUAUCUUAAUGAGCUGAGUUUGUCUUCCUGUUGUAGGACAUGGGUUGGGGCCUGCUUGGUGAACUUGAUGAGAUAUCGGACGAUGAAGAGCGCUAUGAGGACUCUGAAUCUACAGAGAGCAAAUCCACGGUAAGUACUUUGACUUAAGUACUUUGACGUGACAGCAAAGAUAUGUUUCAGGACCUGAUGCUGGUACUGUAAACACAUAGACAGUGUGGAAAAUUGAACUCCAGCUCCACAAACUUUUGCCUCUUCUGAGUGGCUUAUCUGUAAAUCUUUCAGAGCAGGUCAAGAAAGUAUCAUUUCUACAGUCAGCACCUCGGCCAAUUAAUAUAAAAUAUCGAUGUCAAUGUCAAUGUCAAUGUCAUAAAAUAUCAAUUUUCUUGUGUUAUUUUAUUGCUUUUAUGUAAAGCACUUUGGGUACCAUUUGGGAUAUUGUAAAGUGCUAUAUAAAUAAAAUUUGAUUGAUUUGAUUGAUCAAUGUGGAUUUUUUUUUUGUUUUUUUAAAAAAAAAAAUGUCAAUGUUUUUUCUCCAGUUCUUUGUGCUUCAACAAAAUACAGACAGAAAAUAACAUAAAUUGAUUUAAAGGUAAUAGAUCAUUAAAGAGAGAGAAGAAAUUCUUCUAGAUUAAAUGCCUGAUUGAAAGUUUGGUCUUAAGAUUAGUUUUAAAACACAAACAGAAGUGUGCAGAUCAAGCUGAGGUUUUCUGAGAGACCUUUUGAGCGUAACAAUUAAUAAAGGAGUUGAACUUUAAAGUUAAACUUUUGUUCUCUUUCUGGGAUGAACAAGUUCUUCUGUAGUCGUGGCAUCCACUACAUGAAUGUCUAUUUAAUCUUCAUUUAGUUUUAAAAAGUUCUCACUAAUGGGAACAUUGAUGUCUCUAAGAAAGGCAGUGAGGAUUUGCUGUUCGUUUUGGUUAUGUGGUGGGAUUACAGCAUUGUAAAGCUGGAUGUCAUCUGUAUAGAAUUAUUAAUUGACAGGAUCAUUUAGAAAAUGUGUCCGAACUGAGGUAUUUGUAAGGAGAACAAAAUAAGCCCAAGAACACUUCUUUGAGGAAUCCUAUAAUUAAAGCUCCUGUGAGGGUUUUUUAACGUAAAUGUAAUGGACUGAAACUCGCACUAAUUCCGCGAGUAUAGGAAGCGAGCAUACAGCGCCCAUUGAACCCGAUCCGCUGCUCCCAUCAGCGAGAUCCACGCAGCGAUUACCGAUAUUUCUCUUGAGACUGGAAGAGAUCUUGCGUGUUUCCCGGAGUCACAGAAUGAGAUCCCCUGAUUGAUGUAUAUAAACGGCGGUGUAUAUAAACAGCCACAUCCCACAAUCCUUGCCUCUCCUUUUGUCAAGUUAAGAACAGUUCAACGUAUUGACUUUCUUUUAUUUUGAAAAUUAGCUGGAUCUUUUACUCUGUAGCUGCUUACAACUUCCGCUGCUGCUCAUGCUGCACUGAAUUAAUUCGCCGUGCUGGGGCGUCCGGCAAAAAUAGAAGCCUUGUAUCUGAUCCAGUCGCUGAUCCGCAGCUGAGCUGGACGAAUUGUGUGGAAUCACAAAUGCUUGCGUAUUGCGUAUCCGUAGGACUGCUUCUUUAGCUGCUUGGCUGACACCUACCACCUUGCUUUGGUUUUGAGGCAUUAAAAAUUAUGACACAAAAUGCAGCACUUUUGUCACCGAUGGUCUUGUUUGCUUUUGUUCAUCAUGAAAAGGCAUCAGUAUGAAGUGAAAUGUUUUUUCAUAACUUCCCACAGGGGCUUCCAGCAUGUAGAGGAAAAGAUAAAAAAAGACCACCUGGUCCACACACACUACACAAACCAAAAGCUUUACUAAAAAAAGGGAUUUUUAUGAUUUUUAUAAGUGAUUUUAAUAAGUCUCCCUUACUUUGGCUGGAUUUCUUCCUAGCUCACUGAAAAGAAGAGAGCUGGAGGACUAAGCAGAGAUGAUGAUUUUUAUGAUUCUGAAAGUGAUAAUGUCCGUGUAGUUACAGGGAAAAAAAGACAAUUCGCUCGUUGUUUUUUAAAUACUCAUAUCUUAAUGAGCUGUGUUUGUCUUCCUGUUGUAGCGCCUGGAUUUUGCCCAGCGUGUUGAACCUGAAGUGUACUGUGGGUCAUAUGGAUUUGUAGAGAGUGAAACCACGGUAAGUACUUUGACAUAAGUACUUUGACAUGACAACAAAGAUAUGUUUCAGGACCUGAUGCCGGUACUGUAAACACAUAGACGGUGUGGAAAAUUGAACUCCAGCUCCACAAACUUUUGCCUCUUUUGUGUGGCUUAUCUGUAAACCUUUCAGAGCAGGUCAAGAAAGUAUCAUUUCUACAGUCAGCACCUCAGCCAAUUAAUAUAAAAUAUCAAUGUGGAAUUUUUUUUUCAAAAAAAAAUGUCAAUGUUUUUUCUCCAGUUCUUUGUGCUUCAACAAAAUACAGACAGAAAAUAACAUAAAUUGAUUUAAAGGUAAUAGCUCGCUAAAGAGAGAGAAGAAAUUAUUCUGGAUUAAAUGCCUGAUUGAAAGUUUGGUCUUAAGAUUAGUUUUAAAACACAAACAGAAGUGUGCAGAUCAAGCUGAAGUUUUCUGAGAGACCUUUUGAGCGUAACAAUUAAUAAAGGAGUUGAACUUUAAAGUUAAACUUUUGUUCUCUUUCUGGGAUGAACAAGUUCUUCUGUAGUCGUGGCAUCCACUACAUGAAUGUCUAUUUAAUCUUCAUUUAGUUUUAAAAAGUUCUCACUAAUGGGAACAUUGAUGUCUCUAAGAAAGGCAGUGAGGAUUUGCUGUUCGUUUUGGUUAUGUGGUGGGAUUACAGCAUUGUAAAGCUGGAUGUCAUCUGUAUAGAAUUAUUAAUUGACAGGAUCAUUUAGAAAAUGUGUCCGAACUGAGGAAUUGGAAAAAAAUAAGCCCAAGAACACUUCUUUGAGGAAUCCUAUAAUUAAAGCCCCUGAGAGGGUUUUUGAACAAAAAUGUAAUGGACUGAAACUCGCACUAAUUCCGCGAGCAUAGGAAGCGAGCAUACAGCGCCCAUUGAACCCGAUCCGCCGCUCCCAUCAGCGAGAUGCACUCACGCGAUAACCGAUAUUUCUCUUGAGACUGGAAGAGAUCUUGCCUGUUUCCCAGAGUCACAGAAUGAGAUCCCCCGAUUGAUGUAUAUAAACGGCGGUGUAUAUAAACAGCCACAUCCCACAAUCCUUGCCUCUCCUUUUGUCAAGUUAAGAACAAUUCAACGUAUUGACUUUCUUUUAUUUUGAAAAUUAGAUGGAUAUUUUACUCUGUAGCUGCAUACAACCUCCGCUGCUGCUCAUGCUGCACUGAAUUAAUGCGCCGUGCUGGGGCGUCCGGCAAAAAAGAUAAAAAAAGACCACUUGGUCCACACACACUACACAAACCAAAAACUUUAAUCAAAAAAGGGAUUUUUAUGAUUUUUAUAAGUGAUUUUAAUAAGUCUCCCUUACUUUGCCUGGAUUCUUCCUAGCUCACUGAAAAGAAGAAAGCUGGAGGACUAAGCAGAGAUGAUGAUUUUUAUGAUUCUGAAAGAGAUGAUGUCAUUGAAGUUACAGAAAAAGAAGACAAUUCGCUUGUUGUUUUUUAAGCACUCAUAUCUUAAUGAGCUGUGUUUGUCUUCUUGUUGUAGGACAGGGCUUUGAACCUGUCGGAUAAAGAUGAGGAAAUGGACGAUGAAGAAUGCUGUGAGGACUCUGAAUCUACAGAGAGCGAAUCAUCGGUAAGUACUUUGACAUAAGUACUUUGACGUGACAACAAAGAUAUGUUUCAGGACCUGAUGCUGGUACUGUAAACACAGAGACGGUGUGGAAAAUUGAACUCCAGCUGCACAAACUUUUGCCUCUUUUCUGUGGUUUAUCUGUAAACCUUUCAGAGCAGGUCAAGAAAGUAUAAUUUCUACAGUCAGCACUUCAGCCAAUUAAUAUAAAAUAUCAAUGUGGAUUUUUUAUUUUUUUUUUUCAAAAAAAAUUCUAUGUUUUUUCUCCAGUUCUUUGUGCUUCAACAAAAUACAGACAGAAAAUAACAUAAAUUGAUUAAAAGGUAGUAGCUCGCUAACACUACACAAUCCAGAAGCUUUAAUUAAAAAAAGGGAUUUUUAUGACUUUCAUAAGUGAUUUUAAUAAGUGAUUUUUAGAACUCAUUAAAAUGGAUCAAUAUGAUUUUCAGUCUAUUCCAUAAAGGUUCAAAAACUCCUCACAGAAGCUGUAAAGCCAUAAUUCUCUGACACUCAAACACCCAGGCUGACUAAAACCCUCCAUUAAAGAUAACACACGGUCAGAACAAUCAUCCUGUCUCGUAACAUAUUGCGUCAACAUUAACGUAUCACAGCAAUACAAUGAAUGAAACAGCUGACAUCGGUUUGCUUAUGUCAGCAAGUUUUUAUCAGAAGAUGCAAUUCAAAUUAAAGCAGAAACCGACUAUUUAUUUCAACCUCCCGAGGACCAGGUAACUGUCACUUCAUGUAACAAUACUCAAGUUUUGUUGACUGACUUUAUCUUAAAAACAGAUUUUUGUGUGAGCUUCAAAGAGCUGGUCGAAGAAAAUGAUCUUUUGUUCAGAGUUUUAAUUUUAACUUGAUAGCAACAGUGAGGCUCUGACUCUUUUGUUUUCUUUGUGUCUCUUUUUUGUAGAGUCCUGAGUCUGAUUUUGGUCUUGAGAUAUCAAAUGCGAUACAGAUGUCUAUGCGUCGAGCAAGAGGAGGGGCCGACCAAGAAGUGAAAAGGCUUCUGGGUGGUCCCUCACGCCAUCGCGCCUCUUAUUCCCCUGCCCCUCUUAUUCGUCCAUGUGGUCUUCUUCCCCCCCCUUGUCCUCCUCCUCCUGCCAUUAGUUUCUCAGCCAUCUCAUUUCGUGCUCCUCGUCCUCAAGGUGGAUUAUUUGGUGGUCCUCCUCCUCCUCCUCCUCCUCCUCAAGGUGGAUUAUUUGGUGCUCCUCCUCCUCCUCCUCCUCAAGGCAGAUUAUCUGGUGGUCCUCGUCUUACCACCAGUGGUCUUCAAAGAUCAUUAUGUAGUGGUCCUCUUCGUACCGACAGUGGUCUUCAAGCUGGACUAUUUGGUGGUCCACCUCCUCCUCCUCCGUCCUCCACCGGUGUUCAAGUUGGUGGUAUUCAUUAUCAUGCUAUGAGCUCUUUGCUGUCUCGACAGAAUGCGAUGGGGGAUAAAAUGGGGACAUUUCGGAGAGCUUCACUGGACCCAGUGUUGGCGUCAGCCCCCCCUCCAGUUUCUGAGCCUCAAGGUAUCAGAGAGGUUGACUCGAAGCAAAGAAUGGAAUCAUGUUCUGUUCCUGAUUUUCAAUUGAGGUCCUUUGAAGGAAGCGAUACUGAGAUUUCUGUAGCACGUUUCGAUAAGAGCAUGAGGUCCAGUUUCAAAGAUCAACAGCCUCAACAGGGUUUUGGUUACCAAGCCCAUGCAGUUCCAGACAAAUUCCAAACCCUUGGCGAAGAACACCAAAUGGAAGAUACUCCUUUUCCACUCAAAAAAAGAUCCAGGGACACUUGGAGUGCCAAGGGACUUGAGGACAAGAGUGAACCUACCCCUGACGAAGAUCAGCCUCGGGCCACUGUACUGAAGCGACUCCAAAAGACCAUAGAAGUUCCUAUAGUAGAUCUCUGUGAAGGUCCUCCUCCUAUAAAAGAAGGAUCUUCACUGAGACGAUUUCCAGAGGCUGUGAUUCCUCAUAGUGAAGAUCAGCCUCAGGUCACUUUACAGAGAUCACGCCAGAGGACCAUAGAAGAUUGCUGUGAAUCUAAAGAAGGAGGAUCUUCACUGAGACGAUUUCAACGGGCUGUGAUUCCUCAUAGUGAAGAUCCUCCUCAGGUCACAUUACAGAGAUCAAGCCAAAGGACCAUGCAGAUGACUGAUGUGUGGCGUCCUUUCAUGUGAGUCCAAAACCUUUUCAGAAAAGCUGUUGUUGUUGUUGGUUGUUGAUCUUCUUGUUGUAACAGUUUGAGGGGCUUUGGUUUGCAAAGUGAAAGCAAACUAGGUUACCUGAAUUGAAUUGAAAUAUUGACGGUAAGUACUGUCCCUUGUCUGUUUGGGCAACUAUGGAUAAUGAAGCUAUAGAGGUUUGGCAAAGUCGAAAAAUUGUUGUGAAUUUAAAAUGUUUAGCAGUGUUUCACACAAGAAGAUGAUACCCAAACAGGCAUCACUGAAAAUUCUGAGCCCCCAUUUUCCGUUUUCUUUUUUUCCAGUUGUUUUUGUAUUUUCACAAGUUUGCCAAGGUGAGGAGAGAGAGCAACAAACUCUUGUUGCUCUCUGCCCCUUCAGACUCAGAUAACAUUAUAAACAGCCCCCAAAUCAAGCUCCUCAAGCUUGUAAACCGGAACACACAUGGUAGUCGAAUUAAACUGCCUAAUCGAGCUAUAGCCAGAGAGAAACAGUUGGAGGCGGGUGAGAUUUGCAGCUUGGUAAAAAAGGAGAAGCUGUGUGAUAGACAGUCAAUACAUAAAUAGAUGUCUGAACAUGAUUGAUUUCAUUUUCACUCCGAGUGUCUGUGAAUUUUCAGGGGAAAAUCAGCCGAUUCUGAAGAAAAGACGCUCAGGUGGACAAAGAUCUUCAAGCUGCAGCAUCCGGUAAGAGAAGAGCUACUUUCAUUGCGUUUAACUCAAUGUGGAAAAAUAUUCAAUAAUCAAAAAAAAACAUACAACCAACAACAUGGAUUACUAAUUGAUUUUAUUAAAGUCGAAUAACUCCAGGUAAUGUCUUAAUGAAACAUCAUUCUGCCCGCUGACACAUAAAAAUACAGAAUAAUUGCACUAGUUAUCACACUGCAACCACAGGGACCAAUUCGUGUUGAAGUGUUUUACUUCCAAAUGCAUUUUUGCAGUGAAUUUUAAAUGAUCCAAUCAGACAUGUCCUAAGACAAUGUUUAAACAUGCUUAGCCUUUCUCAGUUGCACUGUAAUGGUGCACAGUAUUAAAUGUGUUUGUGAACAAAGUUUCCACACCCAGCUGAUGCUUCCCGAGUAAAUCAAUGGAGAAUUCGUUUUGUCUUAAGAGCAUGCAGUACAUCAUGAAAAAAUCUGAUAUUAGAGAGCACGAAAUGUUUAUUCUUACAAGGACAAGCAAGAAGCGUUUGAGCUGAAGCCACAUUCGGCCGCAUUUAGAGCCUGAGGUCAGUUUACAGGUCAACAGCUAAUAUACAAAAGUACAAUGGAGACCUCAACCAAAGUCAGUAAUAACACAGACAGGAGAGAGUCAAGCAUAAGUUUACUGUACAGUUGAUUUUUCGGUCCCCACCACUUUACAAAGGUAGUAAACAAAAUUAAAAUUUCCAUCUGUGUGUUGCAGGAGGGCUACUGGGAGAUAACCGGAGAACUGGGCAAAUUGAUAAAUGUGCAUGUGGAUCUGUUCGCCAACGAAUUCCUGAAAAACAAGGGCAUCAACUCUCUGGGUGAGAAGUGUGAAAGUGUGAAAAUCAAAUUGUUAUGUUGCAUCGUUGGAGCCAAAUCUGACAUCUCUUGCUGUAUGUUAUAAUCUUUCAUGUCCAAAUAUUUGACUGAAGAUGGCCCAGAGUGGUUUUGUAGGAGUUCUUUCAAUGUUUUCAAUUUCCUGGAAAUGCAAGAGUGAUCAGAUUUUGUUAUUCUUGGUUUUAAUCCAGUAAAACACAUUUAAAUUUAUCCCUCAACCCUGAAAGUAAUAUCUGCCAGUAACCAAUCAGAGCACAUGCCCUAAAAGUAACGUGAAAAUCUGUUGUGUGUGUGUGUGUGUGUGUGUGUGUGUGUGUGUGUGUGUGUGUGUGUGUGUGUGUGUGUGUGUGUGUGUGUGUGUGUGUAUCAUGAAGGUGAGAGGGCCCGUGCUGACAUCCUGAGGCUAGUGGCCACUCUUCUGGUUCUGCAGCUGAUGAGGGUGGAGAAGCUGGAGGAAGGCAAACUGCUCUGCACCCUCUUCCGUCUGGACAACCCGUCUCAGUCCAGGUUUGUCCAAAUAGAUAAAAGCAAAAAGAGAGAGUAUCACGAUGUGCAGACGGUCUCGGUCUCCCUCACAUGAACAGUAACCAGUGUUUACAGAUCCGCCUUGAAAAUACAGAUUCUGCAGCAGCAUCUUUCCCUGCUGGAGCCUUUCUGAUUGAUGAAAUGAGCCAAUAAAUGCCGUUUUUAAGGGGGGAACAUGGUUGCGCCUGAAGUUGCUGAAUGCUCGAUUAUGCACUUACAGUACAUAAUCAUACUUACAGUAUGUGCGCUUCCACAUGCACAUACUGUAAAUACUGUGCUAUUAUGCACUGCCAGCUUCUACCACGUCUUCUCCUCAUCUCACGCCUGUCACUACCUUCAAGUGGAAAAACUUCCCCACUAUCGCCCAUGUGCGUUACACAUUUCAGUCAAGGUGUGAGAGGGGUGUAAAUAUUGAUGUUUCACGCUCCUCUCACAUGAUUUCAUAAAUGUUUUCUCCAACACUCACUUUUUCCUGGUUUUGGAAGCUUCUCUGAUCCCAGCUGAAUGUUUCCUUGCAGGCCUGAGCGCUGGGAGGAGGUGAAGAAGGCAGUGGACUGGGUUCGCUGGGCUGACCGGCAGUACCCGUGUGUCUACAGCAGACUGGAGUUUGGUUUGAGCUGGGAGUCCUCCACCCUUCAGCUGCUGGGAUACCAAGCCCUCCCUCCCUUCUCCCCUCUCAAGGGUCUCACUCUGCAGUGGACCUCCGUCUCUUUGCUGGUCCGCUGAGCCAGCCAACAGGUUAGAGAUGAAACGAGGAGGACACAUAGUAACAGAUGUCAUUAUUUUUUACAUUUACAUUAUGCUGCCAUGAUUAUAGACUUUUUAAAGCACUUUAAACUUGCCUGCAUUUAAAUCAUGAAGAAAAAGUGGGCCGAUUUUUAGGCACCAGUUUUUAAUUAGAUAUUUUGUUGCACGCCAAAUCAAAAAAGCUUUAAAGCCCCUGUGGUGAUCUUUCUUUGUGUAUGUUUUGCACCUCUGUGCUUUUCGUGUCUUUACUGAUUUAAUCCUGUAUGCUAAGAAGUGUUAUUGAUGUAAAAUCUCCUCAGAAAGGCGGUUACUUCAGCAUGCUGUGGAUUAUAACCAAAGCCAAACAUGCGUACCAGUCUCAGUCCAACUGCACCGUGUACAUGACAGAGAAAAUCAAUCCUGAACUGUUUUAUCUUGAUAUGUAAUUCCAACAAUGAGGGGUUUCCUUUCGUGCGAUUUUAGCCAAACUUAUAUGACUAACAGUCAAAAACUCUUCACAGGGGUUUUAAAUGAAAAACUUUUUAAGGCCAAAGUGAAUGAGCAAAGAUAACUGCUCUCAUUUUCCGAAAUAUUUUUGAACUCUUUGUUGCAAGACGCUAGGAGUCUCUUGUUUGUGUGAAAUAUAAGGUUUUCAGAUCGACUUGGUUAAAAAGGCUUCUUAAAGUCCCACUCCAAUAGUUUUUUUUUUAAACUAUUUAAAGCGUUAUCAGUGGUCUUUAAACAGUGAUUUUAAAGUUUUUAGCCAAAAUCACGUUAACUGUGUUGUUUUCAAGUGUUUUUUUUCUGCAGAGCUCCAGCAGCUCAUGAGCAAUUCACCUCUGAGUCGUGGGCGGACACAGUGCUGCUCUGCACACUUCUCCUCGAGUUAGCUUGCAGCCUAACAUUGCCAGUGUAGUAGAAGAAACAGGUAACAGAGGAGCUAUUCAGCUCUCUGGCACUAUUGUCUUUAGGGACACGAUGAAAGUUAAUAUCAUAAUUAGCUUUCUUACGUUCAUUUCAGCCAGCUAACGCAGACGCUCGUUCCGCGAUCGUCCUCUCCAUUUCUCCAAGCCUGGCCUGCACAGCGGGGCUCCAGGGGCGGAGCUUUGAUUUGUUACGUAGGAAAUCUCACUGUAUCUGAACCUGCUGUUUGGGUCUUCCCGAGAGUCACAUCGAUUUGAAUGCAGAAAUACUUAGAAAUGCAAUUUCACACUUCUUUUUUUCAUGAUAUGUCCGCUAGUAUCAGAAAAAAUGCCAUAUGAACAUGGAGACAACAAGAAAAACAUGAUUUUCAUUGGACUGGGUCUUUGAGCUUAAAGUUCCCAUGAAAUCAAGAGUGAAGUUUUUUUUAUGAUACGUCUCCCACAUUGUUUUUUAAAACUGCCUUACUUUGAAAUUGACUUUGAAUACUCAAAGAAACACAUAAAACACGGCGUACUUGUAAUAAUUUGGAAUAUAUGUCUGAAUACUCAACAAGUGUCUUAAUCCUUACUACUUAUCUUAUUCCACCUAACUAGCCUUGUGAUUGUGGGUCAUUCUCAGUUAGUUUUAUCGGUCCUUUAUACAAGAUGUUACAAGAAAAGUAUAAUUAUAUAAGCAUUUUUCAUUACAAGAGGAAGUUUAACGAUGAGAAAAUUUGUGCUUUGGUUACAUUGUGAUUUGGCAAAAACAUGUUGAACAGAGAUUUGUAUGAAGAUAAACCUUCUCUACUUCUCUUUUUUUGUCACAGUCUAAUUUCAAAAACAUGGGGUCAGAGGGUGUCUGGUAACUUGGGAGGCAUUUUUAUCGUCUGUUUUCUUUUUCUUAUGGUCUGUGGUGUAUCCAGAAAAUACAUAAAAUGGUAAAAACUUCAGAAAUUAAUCAUAUAUACAAUAGAUUAGAACUAAACUGUAAUCAGGUGUGAUGUUUUCUUUCUUGUGCCAGUUUUUAUGUGUUUGUUUGUGAAAUCUUGAGAAUAAACUUCUUUUAAAAUGUU